UUGACACCAACCCUGCCAACAAAGCUGAUUUUUAACGUCUGUCCAUCUCUUAGCAUCCGCUGUAAAAAUGGAAUGAAUCACCUGAGAGACAGGGUCCCCCACAUGGCAGAUGGACUCUGCCAGUAUGCACACCAAUAUAACAACAAGGUGCUCAUCUGUAAGCGGUGCUAUGAAGGAGGUAGAGAGGUAAUUGUAGUACCCAAAACAUCAGCCUCCUCAGACAACCAAUGGCUUGGACUGGCCAAAUAUGCCUGGUCAGGGUACGUGUUGGAGUGCGCCAGCUGUGGUGUGAUCUAUCGCAGCAGGCAGUACUGGUUGGGAAACCAAGACCCUGAGAGCGGUGUUGUGAGAUCUGAGGUCAAACAUGUCUGGGAAGGGUCCGACACCUUCCGGACCAACCACCAGAACGCUGCCCAGAGGGUCCUGGAUGGGAUGAACUACGUGAUCCAGUCCGUCUCGGAGUACGGCACCGGCCCCACGAAAGCCGUCACAGCCUGGCUCACCGACCAGGUGGCCCCUCCAUACUGGAGACCCAACACAGAGAUCACGGCCUGUCACGGAUGUCAGAAGGUGUUCGAGGAGGCCGAGAGGAAGCAUCACUGUCGAUCAUGUGGCGAGGGAUUCUGCCACCCCUGCUCAAGCCACAGGAUGCCCGUGCCAGAGCGGGGCUGGGGGAGCAGUCCUGUGAGAGUGUGUAAGGCCUGCUACCGGCAGGGAGGUCCACCUGACAGCAGCACUGAAGUGUCUAAGGUGGAGCCUCGAGGUCUGAUAGCUCGCAAGGUGACAGAGGUGGCCCAGUCCACACUGGACAUGGUAACUACGGCCGUGGACUAUCCUCUCUGUUUUGUGAAGGACGUGGCUCGGCCAGACUACUGGGUCCCGGACCAGAACAUCACCCAGUGCCACCAGUGCUCCAAGACGUUUACUCCGGCCAUGUCCAAGCACCACUGCAGGGCCUGUGGGCAGGGCGUGUGCGGCGCCUGCUCCACGCACAACAAGCCCGUGCCCUCCCGAGGCUGGGACCACCCGGUCAGAGUGUGUGACAGCUGCCACGCCCGCACAGACAGCCUGUGA